AGAUCAAUCCAUCACUUUUUUUUCCUUUUUCUGUUCGACUCAGUGAAAAACUUUUGAUAGUCAAAAUUUAGAAACUUUAAAGUGACACUCCCACUAAGUUUUUGACUCGUAUUUUCAUACUAUAUAUGCUACGUAGGCAAGUAAGCAACGACUCUCGUCUCCUCUUCUCUCUCUCUAUGUCUCUCACCUAACCUUGCAAAGAAAAAGAAAAAAAGAACCACCUUACUAUUUCUUUUCUUUUUUGAGAAAACCCUCUUGGUUAAGGUCUAAAGAUGGCAUCAAAAAAAGCAAGAAAACCAAAUCGAGCUGAUAAGAUACUCACAAGAAGCCAUUUCAAGAAACAACUUCCACAACACAACAGCACCAACACCAGUACAACUCUUGAUCAAACAUCUGCAUCUAGUGUUGUGUCUACAUGUUCUUCUUCAACGACUUCGUUUUCUCCUCCCUCUCCUUCCCCGACGGUGCUAGCUUCUUCACCAGGCGGCGGCGGUUGUUGUACUCCGAAAGCUCAGAAGUCUAGGAUACCGGAGAUGCUGACGUGUCCACCGGCGCCUAAGAAGCAAAGAGUCACACAGAAUAGCGUGUUACGACGGAGGCAGAUCGUUUUCUUUGCUCCUCCGGAGAUAGAGCUCUUCUUCGUCAACGCACACGAUCGAUGAACAACUUUUUAAGUUAUUAAUUAGCUUUUUUUUUUUGGUUAGGAUUUGAUAGAGAAAGUAGUAUAAGUAGCUGAUCAAAAGUUCAUCUCUUUGAUUUUGUUAAUACAAUAACGAAGAGUAUCUUAUAAUAUUUCGUGUGAUGUUUUUUGUUAUCUUCAUUUUGGUAAAUUCAUGAGAUGUUUUUUCCUAUUUUGGUUUGUUUGGCUUUCUUUUUUUCAUUAUUUUGGCGCUUGUCUUUUUGGGAUGAUUUGAAUUAAGUCGGUUUGAGUUUUUGUGGUAGGGUAUAUCGGAAAUCAACUAUGAUUUAAACUAUAAUUGAUACCAUUACCACCCCUUUAGUUAUUUAAUACUUUUCUUGCUUCACUUUUUUCUAAGUGCUAUGUGUUAGGUUCUUACUCAGUACUGACUUUAAUUUCUGGCCUAUUAUUAUUAGCUUUGUCAGUUAUUGUAAUUUUGAUGUGGAUUGAGUUUUUCUUUUGGUUUCACCUAAUGUGUUGUUCUUCCUCGCUAGUUCGUUCA